AGUCAUGAGUGGGCUCUCCCCUGGGCCCUGGCAUCUGCUGACUAUGGUGAUGGUCCUGGUGUGCUGGAUGGGGUCCUUGGCAGCUGCCCAGGAUGAGAUCUCAGCCUUGCAAGUACACAAUCAGACCAAAAACUCAGUCACCCUGAAGUGGGAGCGAACUAAUGAGACCGUUCUGAACUAUAAUAUCACCUGGGCUAAGGACAGCCAGUUGAUUGGGACAGGCGACACUUCAGAUACUCAGUACACCGUGAAGGACCUGGACCCUGGGACAACAUACGAGUUCACUGUCAAAGAGGAGGGAAGCAGCAGCUCUGGAAAGAGCCUCAAUGCAUCUACAUUGCCCAACGAGGUUGGAGACCUCAGGAUGGAUGCCCGGAGCAACAGCUCAGUCACCCUGAAGUGGGAGGCCCCCAGUGGUCCCCAGCCUGCAAAUUACACCUACUAUGUCAGCUGGACUGGGGAUGGUGUCCUUCUUGAUGAAGUCAACACAAAGCAGACAGAAUAUAUGGUGGACAACCUAGAUGCUGCCACUGUGUACAAUUUCACAGUGAGGGCUGAGAGGAAUGGUGUCAACAGCUCUGCAGAGAGCAUCCAGGUGGCCACAGUGCCCAACGAGGUUGGAGACCUCAGGAUGGAUGCCCGGAGCAACAGCUCAGUCACCCUGAAGUGGGAGGCCCCCAGUGGUCCCCAGCCUGCAAAUUACACCUACUAUGUCAGCUGGACCGGGGAUGGUGUCCUUCUUGAUGAAGUCAACACAAAGCAGACAGAAUAUAUGGUGGACAACCUAGAUGCUGCCACUGUGUACAAUUUCACAGUGAGGGCUGAGAGGAAUGGUGUCAACAGCUCUGCAGAGAGCAUCCAGGUGGCCACAGUGCCCAAUGAGGUUGGAGACCUCAGGAUGGAUGCCCGGAGCAACAGCUCAGUCACCCUGAAGUGGGAGGCCCCCAGUGGUCCCCAGCCUGCAAAUUACACCUACUAUGUCAGCUGGACCGGGGAUGGUGUCCUUCUUGAUGAAGUCAACACAAAGCAGACAGAAUAUAUGGUGGACAACCUAGAUGCUGCCACUGUGUACAAUUUCACAGUGAGGGCUGAGAGGAAUGGUGUCAACAGCUCUGCAGAGAGCAUCCAGGUGGCCACAGUGCCCAACGAGGUUGGAGACCUCAGGAUGGAUGCCCGGAGCAACAGCUCAGUCACCCUGAAGUGGGAGGCCCCCAGUGGUCCCCAGCCUGCAAAUUACACCUACUAUGUCAGCUGGACCGGGGAUGGUGUCCUUCUUGAUGAAGUCAACACAAAGCAGACAGAAUAUAUGGUGGACAACCUAGAUGCUGCCACUGUGUACAAUUUCACAGUGAGGGCUGAGAGGAAUGGUGUCAACAGCUCUGCAGAGAGCAUCCAGGUGGCCACAGUGCCCAACGAGGUUGGAGACCUCAGGAUGGAUGCCCGGAGCAACAGCUCAGUCACCCUGAAGUGGGAGGCCCCCAGUGGUCCCCAGCCUGCAAAUUACACCUACUAUGUCAGCUGGACCGGGGAUGGUGUCCUUCUUGAUGAAGUCAACACAAAGCAGACAGAAUAUAUGGUGGACAACCUAGAUGCUGCCACUGUGUACAAUUUCACAGUGAGGGCUGAGAGGAAUGGUGUCAACAGCUCUGCAGAGAGCAUCCAGGUGGCCACAGUGCCCAAUGAGGUCAGAUACUUCAGGAUGGCUGCCCGGAGCAACAGCUCAGUUACUCUGAAGUGGGAGGCCCCCAGUGGUCCCCGGUCUGCAAAUUACACCUACUACGUCAGCUGGAUCAGGGAUGGUGUCCCCAUAGGGGCAGCCAGCACCAUGGCUGAGGAGUAUACUGCAGAGGACCUGGGGCCUGGAAGCCUAUAUGUCUUCACAGUGUGUAGCAUGAGCAAUGAGGUCAAUAGUUCUGUGCAGAUGCUGCAGGUGUUCACAGUCCCCAGUGAGGUCAGAAGCCUGAAGUUGGUGACACAAACCAACAGUUCCAUUGCAUUCAAGUGGGUGGCACCUGAGGGACACACCGGUCUCAUGUACAAUGUGUCCUGGUCCUUAUCCGAGACCCAGGAACAUCAGGUCUUUACUACUGAGACCAACUUCACUGCGGAGGGUCUCACUCCCGGGACUUGGUACCAGUUCUUGGUGAGGUCCAUGACAGAGGAUGAGGCCCAGAGUCCAGAAAGGGCAGUCAAUGCCUCCACAGCUCCAGGUGCUGUGACUAUCACCUCCUGUGCCAGUGCCGCCGCCGGCUAUGAGGUUGUGCUGACCCUGGCCUGCCCUGCCGGGAACCAAGAGAGCUUUGAGUUUGAGGCGGGGAGUCAUAGGGGCACGUGGCCCGGGCCCUGCAGCAGCCCCAGGUCUGUUGGGGGACUCCAGCCAGCCCAGGCCUACAGGGUCAUGGUGCGCAGCCUUUGGGCAGGAAUGAACGCCACGUCAGCCUCGGUGACCUGCUAUACUGAGAGUGGAGGGGUCAUUGCUGGAGCCAUUGUCGGGAUCUUCCUCUUCAUCCUUCUGCUGGGCCUGCUUGUCUUCUUUCUUCACCGACGCAAUAGGAGGAAGACGGUGCAGGAGAAGCCCCAGACCACAGACGUGGCCUUCAGCAAUUUGGGAGACAUCUCUGCUGAGAAUUUGGCGGCCUAUGUCAAGGAGCAUCAGAAAGACAGUAACUAUGGAUUUGCAGAGGAGUACCAGCAACUGACUCUGGAAGGCACUGGGCAGAUGCAAACAGCUGCCUUGACCCUGGAGAACAAGAGCAAGAAUCGAUUUUCCAAUGUGCUGCCUUAUGACUGGUCCCGAGUCCCCCUGAAGCCCAUCCCGGAUGAUCCCAGCUCUGACUACAUCAAUGCCAGUUUCAUUCCAGGUUUCUUUGGUCCCCGGGAGUACAUUGCCACCCAGGGGCCACUCCCCCAGACGGUGGGCGAUUUCUGGCGCCUGGUGUGGGAUCAGCAAAGCCACACUAUUGUCAUGCUGACCAACUGCGUGGAGUCCGGGCGGGUGAAAUGUGAACAUUACUGGCCCCUGGACGCCAAACCUUGCAGCCACGGGCGCCUUAGGGUGACUUUGAAAGGGGAAGAUGUGGCUCAACAUUGGACCAUUCGAGACUUGCAGCUGUUCCAUAUGGAUCUGAAGGAAAGCCUCUUUGUGCGCCAAUUCCACUAUACUGUCUGGCCGGAUCACGGGGUUCCUCGGUCCCCAGACCCACUGCUGGCUUUCCAAGCGCUAUUCCAGAAGUGGCUGGACCAGAGCCCAGGGGGGGGCCCUCCCAUUGUACAUUGCAGUGCUGGCGUAGGUCGCACAGGGACCUUCAUAGCUCUGAAUGUCCUGCUGAGGCAGCUACAGAAAUACCAGCAGGUUGGGGUCCAGUCCUUCGUCGGAGAGAUGAGGAAGAGCCGCCCACUGAUGGUGCAGACUGAGGGACAGUACAUAUUUCUGUACCAAGCUCUCAUGAGGUUCUUGCAGCUGUCCCAGAACCAUGAGGGUGAUGGCAGAGACCAAGAAGGUGCCCUGUAUGAGAAUGUGGAGGCCAUCCGAGCCUACCAGCAGGAGACUGGUGUGAGCUAAGAGCCCGCAUUUCCUGGGCUUUACAGCUCAGGAUGCUCUCCCCGCGAGACCCCCAGAUGUCAGAGGAAUCAGGAGCCCCCGGGGUCCUUGAUGGGGAGGGACAGAGGAUCCAGAUGUCUGUCUCCCUCAUUGACAUCAAAUGAUGUGCUGGAGAUUCGGGAGGUCUCAAAGGGGCUGAGCCCUGCCUUCCCCCAGGGGAUGAGGAAACCCCAGCCUCUAA